GGGGCAGUGAGGGCGCCGGCUCACGUUGGCGGGCAGGUCUGUUGCUGCGGAGGGUUGUGCGGCCGGCAGGUGCCUCUGGGGCCGCCCCGCCGCUCCCUCAUGAGGCCGCACGACCCGCCGCAGGGCGGCCCCGCCGCCGUGCUGCCGGAGCUAGAGAUGCUGAAGCAGCGGGCGUGCGAGAGCGUGGAGCUGAACGCGGAGCGGCUCAGCGCACUGAGCCGCGACAUCUGGAGCCGGCCUGAGCUGGCCUACGAGGAGCACCAGGCACACGACACCAUGACCCGCUUCUUCUCCAGCGGGGAGCUGCCGGGCGCCGCCUGGGCCGUGCAGCCGCGCUACAAGCUGAGCACGGCCUUCCGCGCAGAGUGGGGCACAGCCGCCCCCCCGACACAGGGCCUGCGCCCGCUCCGCGUCGCCUUCCUCUGCGAGUACGAUGCCUUGCCCGGCAUCGGGCACGCCUGCGGCCACAACCUCAUCGCUGAGGUGGGAGCCGCCGCCGCGCUGGGGCUGAAGGCCGCCCUGGAGAGCCUGCCGCAGCCGGCGACCGCCGCCGUCCAGAUCACGGUGCUGGGCACGCCUGCGGAAGAGCAAGGAGGAGGCAAAAUAGACCUGAUAAACGCUGGAGCGUUUGAUGGCAUGGAUGUGGUUUUUAUGGCACACCCGUCGCAAGAAAACGCAGCUUACCUGCCCGAUGUGGCCGAGCAUGAUGUGACUGUGAAAUACUAUGGAAAAGCUUCUCAUGCUGCUGCUUAUCCUUGGGAAGGAGUUAAUGCAUUAGAUGCUGCUGUUCUUGCAUACAACAAUCUGUCUGUUUUAAGACAGCAAAUGAAACCGACCUGGAGAGUUCAUGGUGUAAUAAAAAAUGGUGGUGUGAAACCCAACAUCAUCCCUUCUUACACUGAGCUGGAGUUCUACUUGCGUGCCCCUUCAAUGAAAGAUCUUUCUGUUCUGAUCGAAAAGGUUGAGAACUGCUUCAAAUCUGCAGCACUUGCCACAGGAUGCAAAGUGGAAAUAAAAGGUGGUGAAAAUGAUUACUACAACGUGCUUCCAAAUAAGAGCCUGCAGAAAGUUUACAAGGAGAAUGGAAAGAAGCUUGGAAUAGAAUUUAUAUCCGAAGACUGUAUCUUGAAUGGUUUGUCAGGUUCCACAGACUUUGGAAAUGUUACAUUUGUAGUCCCUGGGCUUCAUCCUUAUUUUUAUAUUGGCUCUGAUGCAUUGAAUCAUACUGAGCAGUACACAGAAGCUGCAGGGUCACAGAAUGCUCAGUUCUAUGCUUUGCGCACAGCAAAAGCUUUGGCAAUGACAGCACUGGAUGUCAUUUUCAAGCCAGGUCUUCUAGAAGAAGUCAGGGAAGACUUUAGACAGGUGAAGCUAAAAGAAGAGGGGCAAAUAAACCCAGCAGAACCUAUCAAAGAAUCUGGAGUUGGCACAGGAGCGUGUGCAUCCCAUUAAACUUUAUUCAGCUUCUCUCAGUAGGGCUGACUUCAUGGAGAUGAUGUAUUUAAAUCCUGGAAGGGGCUGGAUAAACCCAUAGCUGAAGAAAUGUUCAAUUUUGGGGGGAACUUUAGGAAAGGCAAACAGUAUCAUUGCUUUCAAAAGUGUGCAAUUUCAUCUAUCUGUAAUGUUUGCUGUAUUCAAUAUGGUGAUGAACUCUGGAAACAAAUACAUCAUCUUUAAGCUGCAGUGUUGAAAAAAUAAGUGUUUAGUUCCCUGUCAGUGAUUUUCUAUGUAUUGCUAAAGUAACAUUCUUUAUAGGGGAAAUACAACAUCUACCUGGAAAUGCUGGUUCUAAAAUGAGCUCUGUUCACUUGGCGAUCAAAGGCUGAAUCAGAUCUA